AUGGAGCUGGCGGCUCCGAGCCGGCUGGGUCUUCUUAUCCCCCGGGGAGGGAUGGGGCUGUCCAGGAAGGGCGGCUUCUCUGGGGGUGAAAAAAUGCAGGGCCGGUGGGAGAGGCCGACCUGUGCUGCAAAAAAAACAGUGGCCAAGAGCAAAUCUAAAUACGUUCUGGUGAGGAUGAAAAGUGCGGCCGAGACGGGCUACUGUUUCAACAUCAGGAGACUCCGACUGCAGGAAAAACUGGUCCUGCUGAGAUAUGAUCCCAUCGCAAAACAACGUGUCCUCUUCACAGAGAAGAGAAAAAUCCGCUCUAUCUGAACAAUGUCUGCACUUGAUUGAUGCAUGAGGAGAGGAUGGUUUGGGGGGAGGACAGGGUGAACGCCGAUUCAGAAAUCCAGCAACAUGGGCUGAAAAGAGAGGAAAUGAACUGGGAUCACCGUCUCCUGUGAUUUGAAGGCCAUUGUGAAUAAAACAAUGUAGAGAGAGAAAAUUCCUAAUGUCUGGACAUAGAUCAUCAGAGUAACAUUUAUUUAUCUUUUGGGUUAUUUUUACAGUACUCAAUUAAAAAAAAAUUAAAUAGCAAA